GCCAGCAGGACCGCGUGAAUGACUAGGUAUGUGCGGUUUGAUAUUGGAACGUGCCACCGAGUGCGUCGGAUAUUAUUUGCUCAAUUGAUUAGAAUAAAUUCGUUUCGAUUGUGCACUUUUAUUUUGCUCGUGUCAAAGAUAAGCACUUGGAGCAAUUAUAUUGGGACCGCGCGGACAGAUCGAUGCGAUAACGGGACAAACGGGCGAUGAAAGGAUACCCAGUUGGUACGAUGCGUUUAGUUAUUCGUUUGAUCUCGGCGACGACAGGAAUCGUCCGGAUUCCGGAGGUGAAUUCGCGAAAGGUCAGGGUCUUUGAAGUUUAAAUGCGCGGAAUAAUGGGUGGGAAGUCCUUCGAUAUCAGUGUACCGCAUCAGGAUGACAAAUUGGGGAAAAGUGGCUCGAAAUGGAGUUUGAAGAACAGGAAGAAGCGAUGGCUUCCGAUCGUGUUUUGUUCCGUUUGCUUCUCCUUGCUGAUUGGUUGGGUCAUUAGGGAUAUAUUUUACAACCACCCCGAUGCGUUUACCGAUACAGGUGUAAAUGAUACCGCCUCAGAAGCAGUGGAAUUCGAAAAUGUGCAGGAGAUUAGCGGAAGAAACGGUGUGCUGCCAAUAUCCGUUCACCACUGUUUGAUGGAAAGUGAUUGUACUAUAUUGUGCGAAGGAAUGAAUGUGACUGAUCUAUCUGCGGCUAUUACCAAAGUAUUGGAAGACGAACCAUGCGACGACGUCAAACUCGUCAUCAAGUCCCUCUCUACCGAGGACGGAAAGCUCCAUUCGCGCUGGCUGAACCUGGAUGAAUCCAUUAGAAUCGCCCAACUGGAGCUAAAACAAUCCGAAAUCAUUGAAAUUCCGUCCGGAUCGUUCGACGCCCGGCACUUUUAUGGUGUUUCUAUUCUUACUCUUGAUUCGCUUCAGGUCACCACUUUGCCAUCGAAUAUUUUUCUCGGACUGCAGCUAUUGCAGGAACUGAACCUGAAGAAUUUACCGCUGUCGCAGGUGGACGAGUAUGUAUUGGCGCCGGUGAAGUUCACCCUGACCAGUCUAUUGGUGGAAAACUGCUUGGAUUCGAUUAAUCCGAAGGUGUUUACCGGGUCUACGUCGAUGGACAAUUUGGCGAUAGUUUCUUUUGAGCACAACAUUUUGGAGGAUGUAUUGACAGAUGAUUCUUUCUCAAUGAUCCCAAGCUUGUCUAGCCUGUAUUUGAGAAUGUCGGGUAUUAAAACUUUACGUGAGGGAAUGUUCGUGAGCAUUAGUAAAUCCGUUGAUCAGAUACAUCUCGAUGGAAACGAGCUGAGUACAAUUGAGUCAGGUCUUUUUGACAGUUUGUUGGAAAGAAGAGUGAAGAUUUAUUUGAAGAACAAUCGCUUCAUAUGUGAUUGCAGCUUGGCAUAUUUGAAAGAGCUGAUAAUGUCAUAUCCUGAAAUGUUUGACGAAGUCAAAUGUUCUGAGCCACUUGAGUUCUCCGGAUGGAUGAUUACUGAGGCUGAGUUUUGCAACGCUAUUACUGAUCCUCCUUCAACUACAACUCAGUUAACAACUUUGUCCAACGUAACGGAAACAUCAGAGGAUACUACUGAGCAGACAACGACAGAUACUACGCACAGCACAAAACCACUACCGUCUACAAGACCUACUGGUGAACCAACCAAGCCAACUGGUCCGGCAACAACCUCUACUACGACGAUCACAACUACGUCAACAAUAGUACCUACUCCUGAGCCAACAUCUUCAUCAUCAACGUCUGUUACUCCCGAUACGACGCCUUCCACCACAUCACCGUCUCCAACUACUAGUACAACUCCUGCCACAUCCUCGCCUUCCAAUAUCUUCACCUUGCAGUGUGUCCAAACCGCCGUUACGUUAGACUCGGACACCAUCAGCUACACAAGCUCUGAAUUAACCCUGCACAAACGAAGCAAAACUUUCACAGUCCUAGAAUCGAAAGAGGGAACCGUGGAACUAAUUCUGGACCAAUCUUACAGCUCUGCGGUGAUUCUCUGGUUUUACGAUACUUCCACCACCAAUUCCAUUUUUUCUCUUCAGUUGGAGGACAGUGCUAGUUGUGCUGACAUCUAUGGACGAACCGUGAGAAUCACAAACCUUAUACCGGAUAAGAACUACGUCUUUUGCGUAGUUUAUAAAGCUGAGAACACAAUCUCACCAUUUGAUUGUCUUCCGCACAAGCUUCUUCCAACGUACGGACAAAGGACUUGGCUCAUUGAGGAUCAGAAGAUUAUGGUAAUCAGCAUUUUGAUAGCAUCUAUUUUGGUAGCCAUCAUGAGUGGGAUUGUGUUAACUUAUUGCUUCAUCAAAAGCUUUGCUACUUACCAGAAAUCUUGUCGCAAAGUGACAACAGAGGUGCGAAUCGACCGGAGUACCACAAACCAGUGCUACAUGACCCCAGUAGCUGAAAAACCCACCAGAAACCGCCACAAGCGCAGCGUUUCCGACAGCAGUGUCGAAAGUUGCCGCAGCUACGUGUCCGCCGUCGUUCCGGCAACCCAGUUUCAGUACAUUUCCUGGAAGAUGGAUAAUCGUUCGCGGCACCCGUCAGCGCCACCCCACCCCGCCCAGCAGUCGCAGUCGAUGGAGUUCUACCCGAAGGAUCCACCCCCGCCGCCGCUUCCACCGCACCCGACCAAACGGCUGAAAAAGCAAAAGUCGGAAAUUAAAAUCAAUUUCCACGAAAUCUACGACGAACCCAACAGCAGCAGCUAUUCGUCCGGCGUGCACAAAAAUUUCCACCAGGGAAAGCACUGAAGGGGCGGAGAAAGUGUCCGAAAUGUUUGCGACGAUUCAAUCGACGCAAUCAGAAUGAUCAAUUAAGAUGCUGCGCCAGGGAUUCACUGUUGUUUACAGGGUCAUUCAAAAACUGUGUUAAUGAUGUCUUUUGUGUUUAGAAAAUGAACUCAAGAGAAAACCCAUAUCCUGUUGUGUGUAAGUCGUUUCUUACAAUAAAUGUUUUGCUUAGGUACCAGUAACAACAUAA